AUGAGUCACAGUAAAGUAACGCCUAAACUCUCUGUUCAGUCUCCGAUCCUUCGCACCAAACGAAAUAUCCAGCCUACAGUUCAGCCUUCUAAGAAAGAAAGUGCACAUCUGAUUUCAAAGGACUCUUUGGAAUCUGAUUUGGAAGUUGUCCUUCGAGGGAGCAAAUCAGAAGUUGAGGGCAGAACCCAGAACGACAAUAUGGAGGCUGACAGUUUAGAGGUGGAUAGCCCUUCAGGGGAAACCCUGAGCGAGAUGGAAGAGGAAGCCAGACACAAAGUGGCCCAGAUGACCAGCACAGAAAAGCACCAGACCCAGGGCAGCAGCCCGAAUAACAGCCAGCAGUCACUACAGGACAAAUAUUCAGACCUCCGAUAUGACCCAGAUUGGAAAAAUAAGAAAGAGGAUGGGCACUUGUUGACUGUGGAAGCAUUGCCAGAGUCUCUGGAGAGCUCUACAGAAAAUUUGACUCUGCAUCCACCCUACCCUUCCAAGGAAGCCUCAGUAGAGUCCCCCAGGGGAAAUGAUGGAAAGAAGACCUCACAGAGUGAAGCCUCCUUGCUGGGUAGUGAAUUUGUAAGCCCCAGCUACGAGCAAGGUGCCCACAGCAGGCCAUUUUCAGAGCUGAGUGAGAGUGAGCAGGAGAAGUCGAGCAACCUCUCUCAAUACUUAAAGAGCUCAAGUUCACAUAACGAGGUUUUCCUGCCAGGAUCACGGGGCCGUCGGCGAAGGAAGUCCAAACAAUAUUUUGUGGAAAAAAACAAGCUGACAUUGGGGUUACCCAUUCCUAAAACAGACUCUUAUCUUCAACUUCAUAAUAAAAAGAGAGGAGAAACUCACCUAGAACAGAUCUCCUAUCCCAUCACAGUAACUGACAAAAUGCCUAUUGAGAAUGCCAAAGAGAGUGAAAACGCUGCCAUCGAUCUUGAAGACAAAUGGCAUCAGAGAGGCCAGCAGCUAAAGAAUCACCAGGAGCAGUGGGCUCAACAUGAAAACACCAGAUCAAGCAGUGUACCCAGACGUCGAUCUUCUGAAGCACUUGAUGGCCAGCCCCCUCCCAGAAGACUAGCCAAGCACAGGAUUCGAACACGGCAUAGACACCAGAAUGGUGUCACAACUUUGAUGACUGAAGAGCUGAUUGACAGCCGCGGAAACCCAGAUAAUGUGCCCAGACAACACCAAAACCACAAUAAGCCUCUAGACACUUCGAUAAAGAAUGAAACUAUUUUGAUAAUGAAUGCCGCUAACAAUGAUUUACAAGACACGCGUGCUUUGAGAAUCCAGAAUCCCAGGGUAACCACCAACAAAUUUGCUCCUCUGAGACAGGCUUUUGACAAGGUACCCUAUAAAAACACUCUUGGCUAUUACUCAGAGAUGAAUGUUAAGAAAGAAAGGGGACAUAGAGACCAAGAAGAGGAAGGUUUUUCUUAUCAGCAGCUACAAGCCAAUGCUUUUUCCAAUAAGGACUUGAACUAUGGGAAUGAACUUUUAAAGAGACAGGUGCCCCUGAGCCAUAAAGGAGGCUCUCAGCCUGUUUAUAACAUAAAUGUCAAUGGAGCAGCUGAAAAUAAGAAGCAACCCAAAUGGACUUAUCCAGAGACAAAAUAUAGGAACUUAGAAAUGUUAUGGAAAUUCCAUUCUUCCUCUGACAGUCAACCUAGCAGAGCUUCUCCAGACACUCAGCUCACUCAGCUAAUGGAUCAGCAUCAUGUAGCCUUACUGCAGUUGACGGACGUGCAGCCCAGUGAAGCAGCACCACGCAAGCAGCACCAGCAAGCCCAGUUGAAUAAUAACACCAUGUUUCCACCCAUAGGAUCAAGGGUAGAAAGUGAAUCCCAACUCAGUUCAGAAAGAAGUGAACGAAACCAAGUGAAAAUUAGUCGUAGCAAUUCUGAAGGCUAUCUGUCUCAGCUGGAAAAGGGGAAAAGACACAGGAAAAGAAGCGGCCUGAAGAGUUCCAGGCUGAAGGGUUAUCAGAAAAGAGAUGUGAAGCUUGGAGGCCUCGGACCUGACUUUGAGUCCAUCAGAGAUAAAAUGCAAAAAUUAAUACAGCAGAAGGAAUAUGCAAAACAAGUUAAGGAAUUCAAUAUGAAGACAUUAUCCAUCAUGUCAAAACCACAAACAGCAAAAACUGAGACUAAACCCGCUGUCCCUCGGCAGAAGGCUUUGGAAUAUGCUAAGACCAUCCCCAAACCCAAACAAUCAAAUUUGGCUGAGAAAGCAGCAAAGGAAACAAAAAAUUCAGCCUAUCCUGGAAAGGAAGAAAGUUUACCUGAAAUCCUGCUAUUGGAAAUGUUACAAAGCAGACAUGAAAGAGAAAAACAGGCUGUGGCUGCUUUCAAAGUCCUUCACAUUGUAUAG